UGGUGGCGCAAGGGGGCAGAUCGCGGCGACGCUGCUAGCAUGCAAGGGAUCGGAUAUUGCUAUUACUUCGGCGAGGGCGUGGAGUUAGACCACAGGAAGGCGUUCGAGUGGGUGGAAAAAGCGUCCGAGUUGGGGCACGUCGGCGCGACACACGACCUCGCCGACUACUACCGGUCCGGCAUAGGCGUGGAAAAAGACGUACCGAAGGCGGUCGAGUUAUACGUCAAGGCGGCUGGGUUGGGUGACUCGUAUGCUGCGAGGGAACUCGGAUAUAUUUACGAAGGCGGCUGGUGGGGCGUGGCGAGAGACAAAAAAGAGGCGCUGAAGUGGUACCGCGUCGCGGUGGAGCUCGGCACCACCGACGCGCAACGCCACUUGGACCGACUCGGUGACGAGUUUCACAACGAGACCAAGUUCGCGGAGGCGGUCUACUGGUACCGCAAGGGUGACGAUCGCGGCGAUGCUGGUUGCAUGCACAUGAUCGGACUUUGCUAUCGGUACGGCAAUGGCGUGGAGAAAGACAUGAGGAAGGCGUUCGAGUGGCUGGAAAAAGCGUCCGAGUUGGGGCACGUCGGCGCGACACACGACCUCGCCGUGUACUACGAGAACGGCACAGGCGUGGAUAAAGACGAAGCGAAGGCGAUCGAAUUACACGUAAAUGCGGCGGGGUUGGGUAACUCGAUUUCCGCACAACGUCUCGGGCACUGUUACGAAGACGGCGAGUGCGGCGUGGCGGUGGACAAAAAAGAGGCGCUCAAGUGGUGCCGCGUCACGGUCGAGCUCGGCUACACCUACGCACAA